AAAGAUACAGCUGGACUGUGCAGUCACUGAUGCCAGGAGAAUGUCUCAGGAGCCCAGGACAGACUUGCUUCUCCUGUUCCUUUUUCUGAGCCAUGGAGUGGCCGGUCCUGGUGUCCCACCAUCCACGCAAGAUUUGCCUCCAUUGUUGCAAAAAAUGGCGGAAGAAAUAAUAGAUGGACGCUUUCUGAAUGCAUUAUUGGACCUCCUGCAGUUUCAAAGCUCCCAUGAGUGGACGGCGGAGCUGACGCACAGAGUCCUGGACUCCCUGAAUUCACGCGAUGUGUUCUUCACCGCCUCCAGCCUCCAGGCAACCAUAGAAAACCACCUGAAGCAGCUGCUGUACCAGCCCCGGCGGCUGCUGGAGGACCUGCGGGACACAGAUGCUCAGCAGCUGCACACGGCCCUGAGGUGCCUCUUGGAAGACAAGAAGGACCGCUGGGCAACCAUAGAAAACCACCUGAAGCAGCUGCUGUACCAGCCCCGGCGGCUGCUGGAGGACCUGCGGGACACAGAUGCUCAGCAGCUGCACACGGCCCUGAGGUGCCUCUUGGAAGACAAGAAGGACCGCUGGGAGCUGGGGGACAUCGCCGUGGACGUGGGGGAGGCCCGGAGACAGGCCCUGCAGAGCCCGGGCGUGGCGCGCAGCCUCUUCCGCCUCACGCUGGAGAGGUGCUUCGAGGUGCUGAGCCCCCUGGAGUGUGUGGAGGUCCUGGGCCGCCUGCUGCGGGCCUCCUCGGGCAGCUUGCUCCAGCCGGAGACCCCCGCGCUGCUGCCCCGGGACCUGGGGGAAGACGCCUUCCGGAACCUAUCGGCCGUGUUCAAGGAGCGCUACGACCCCACGUCGGCGCACGCGCAGAGAGCCGUCUACACCUGGAUGUCGCGGGUUCUGCGUCGCGGGGCCAACGCCACAGAUGACUCUGUUUCCUGGGUCAGUGCAGAAAGCUUAUGGAUUUUGGGCAGAUACAUGGUUCACCUUCCAUUUGAAGAAAUUAAGAAAAUAAGUCCUAUAGAAAUGGGGCUGUUCAUCAGCUAUGACAAUGCCACCAAGCAGCUGGACACAGUCUAUGACAUCACCCCGGCCCUGGCCCGGGCGUUUCUGGAGAGGAUCGGCUCCUCCAGCUUUGACAUGAGGAACACCUCCACCGUCCACCGGCUGGGGUUGCUCGUGUGCUUCUACGAUGACCUGGAGCUGCUGGACGCUGCUGUGGCCCACGUCCUCCUUCACCAGAUGAUCAAGUGCAGCCGCCUGAGGGGCUUCCAGGCCGGCGUCCAGAAGCUCAAAGCUGACCUCCUGGACAUUGCCACGGAGAACCAGACCCUCAACGAGACGCUGGGUUCCCUGUCGGAUGCCGUGGUGGGCCUGAGCCACGCCCAGCUGGAGUCGCUGUCCCCAGAGGCCGUGCACGCCGCCAUCCCUACCCUCAACCAGGUCAAUGGCUGGGCCAGGGGCCAGGUUGUCAUCUUGUCUGCCAAGUACUUGGCCUACGAGAAGGUGCUGUCCUUCCACAACGUGAGCCAGCUGGGCGUGCUGCUGCCCGGGGUGGGCACCCAGGCCCUCCACGCCAUGGAGCGCAGGGACCUCGUGCAGCUGCUCUGGAGCACCAGCUCCCUGCACCUGUCGGCACUGUCUACGGCCCAGCAGCUGGGCAUCCUCAGCAAGGUGCUGGAGGCAGGAGACAGGCCUCCAGGCGUCCUGGAGAUCCCAGGGGCUCUCUUUAAGCAAGUGUCUCUCUUCGACGUGUGGAGGGAACCUGGACUCAACGCCACAGUCCUGAAGGAAAAGGAGCUUCGGAGGAGUCAGGCCUUGUUCCUGUACGAGCACCUGUCCAGGGCCCCUGGCAGGCCCGAGGAGCUCCUCAGCACAGGGCAGCUGCUCAAGGGCGUGACGUGCCCCCACCUGGGCGCCAUGAGCAAGGACUCCUUCCUGGCCCACUGCCAGUAUUUCGAGGACAACCUUUCCCUGCUGUCACCAUACCAGGUUAACUGCUUGGCCUGGAAGUACUGGGACAUCGCCAGGUCCUCCAUGCCACCGUUCCUCCUGGCUGCGCUCCCGGCUCGCUACUUGGCUUCGGUCCCUGCGUCCCAGUGUGCACCCUUGCUGGCCAGCCUGGGCAAGAGGCAGCUGGACUCCUUGGUCCUGGAUCCCCACAAGAAGAGUUUGGUCCUCCGGAAAGUGCAGCAGUGCCUGAACUACUCCGUCGUCGACGAGUAUGACGUGGACAUCAUGGGCAGCCUACUCUGUCACCUGCCGGCCACUGUCAUCUAUCACGGGGUGGCCCCCAGGGCCUGGCCCACGGUCCUGUAUGGCCUUGGACACUGUGCGGACCUGGGCCCUGACCAGAAGGUGGCGCUGAGGGUCAAGCUUCUGGAGCAGUUCGGAUUCCCCGAGAACUGGACCGCUGAGACCACCAAGGACCUGGCCCCCUUUCUAGUGCUUUUCUCAGGAGCGGAAUUAAGCCCUGUUGCUGCCAAGUUCCCCGAGAUCCUGCAGCAGACAGCUUCCACAAUGGCAGGGACCCGGCCCCCCCGAGAAUUCCUUUGGGCCGUCUUUGAGUCCGUUCGGAACAGCAGUGACGGGGACACCGAGUCUCACCCCAGUCCUGGCUGCCAUGGGGUUGUGGCUCCGUCUUCCGACGCCAUCUUCAGGCUGGGGGAAGCGAACGUCUGCUGGGCCCCCCAGGACCUGCUCUGCAUGGAGGAAGAUGUGUUUGCCAGGAGCGUGGAGCUGCUGGGGGCCGUCAGGGGCUUCAGCCGGGCUCAGCUGCUGGCCCUGAAGGAGAAGGCAGUCCAGGUUUGGGACAGGCCUUCUUCCUGGAGAGAGCACCAGAUCGUGUCCCUGGGGCGCAUCGCCCUGGCUCUGAACAAGACGGAGCUGGAACAGCUGGAUCUCAGCUCCGUGGACGCCGUGGCUUCCCUCAGCCAGCAGACAGGGUGGAGUCCAGGACAGGCUAGGUCCAUCUUGCAAGGCUUCUUGGAGGACGCUGGCUGCCACAUCCAGGAUCUCAAGAGUUUCCACUUAGUCGGGCUUGGUGUGUGCUUGUGUACUCUGAACACGACUGAAAUCUCCCUCAUCAAGACCUCAGAGUUCAGGCUGGUAAUGGCCAGUGUUGGAACCUUGCCCUGCAGCGUCCAGGUCUUGGCUGAGUUUAAGAAGAAGGCCGAGGUUGUGUUUGGGCUUCCUUCACAGUGGUCCAGCUCCGUCUUGCAGGAACUUGGGAUGAUCGCGGCUGGAUUAACGGAGGAAGAGCUCCAAACACUCGACAAGGAUUUGAUGCCGCAUUUCCAGCCAUCAGCAAUCAAACGCUUUCCUGAUGAGAUAUUCAAAGCGCUGUCCCCGGAGCAAAUCGCCCGCCUGGGCCCCGAGAACGCCGCCGCGGUGACCCCCGCCCAGCGGCGGCAACUCGGCGUGUUGCAGCUGCAGAGCCUGCAGCGGGCGCUAGAUGGCGCCAGGACUCGCUCCUGGCUGGACGCGCCCUUGAGCGCCAGCCCCACCGAGACCCCCAACUCCGGUUCUCCCCCAGUGAGAAGCAUCUUUGGUGCUAGGACUCGAUGCCUGAACCCAGCCGCCACUCUGCGUUUCCAGCCGGGGCACGUCCCGGCUGCCCUCAGGAGAGUGAAUUGGAAGAGUUGCUGCAGCCACACCAGUGGCCAGUGGGGUCUCCAUCUCCCGCUGUCUUCUGCUGACUCUGAUGCCCAGGCUGGUGUGGUGAGCGCCUGCCAGGACCCUUGGGAUGCCCCGCCGAGGCUGGCCUGGGAGCGAGGAGCCAGGAUGCUUCGGACCGUGGGGAGACCCCCUCCCUGCACCCAAAGCCUCACCUGGAGCAGGGAGACGUGAAUCUUGACGUUGAAAAGGCCCCAGCAGGAAGACGCACGAUUGAAAGGGAUCUGGCCCGUUCCUCUGGAGUCAUUCUGGCCCCGCGUGCUCUCCCAGUCUGGAGCCAGAGGAGCCGUGAGGAGGAACGGUGCUUUCUGUGAGCCGCCAGAGAACCUUCUGGAAGAGUGACUCCCCUCCCUCCGGAGAGAAGAGCCAGGCGGCUGAGGGGCGCAGGAAGAGGCCCAGGCUGCCCUUCCCUUCCUCGGGGCCCCAGGCCGUAUCGAUUUCGCCCUGUGAGAUAUUUAGCCGAGCUGAAAUAAAUGAA